AUGGCAAACUACGUUGCCUUUACAGCAGCCAUCAACCCACCGAAUGCCACAACAGUCAUUACUCGCGAACAGGUAUGGGCCGGCCUCGAGAUCAAAAUCGAAAGUGGCGAGACCUUCGUUGGUGCUGCCAUCCAAUCCACGGACGUCCUCAAAAAGUACUCCCAGGAGAAGACCGGCCUCCCUGUGACCGAACGCGAAGUCGUCUUCCGAGACGGUGGCCGCCGCAUGCAUGAGACUUGUGUCGCAUUCGAGCCCAUGAAAGUCGAGUUCCACCAGAAAGAUGGCGGCAGAGUCAUGAACAUCAUCAGCCAGGGUGCGGGUGGCGAAACAGACCUCUACAUGACCUACACGUUUGAAUGGCAGCAUCCAGAGCUCAAGGGCGAUGCUGCCGGCCUGGCGGAGAAGAAGAAGGGCGAGGAAGCCAUGGCGAAGAAGGCCGUCGAGAGCACCAUCGAGGUCUUGAGAGAGCUGGUGCAAAAUGGCAAAAUCAAAUAA